UAGAACGGUAAAUUGACAGAGAAAGCGAGGGUUUCUUCGGGUUCUUUCGGGGCGGGGGGCUUUAUCCAGGAACACUUCCGGCGGCGACCACUUGGUGCCCGGGGAGGCGAUCGAUCCGUCACCAUGUCGUCGGAGAAGGAGGCGGCGCUCGCCGCCGUGCCCAACGACAGCCCCACCAUAUUUGACAAGAUCAUCAAAAAGGAAAUACCAUCUACUGUGGUUUAUGAAGAUGAGAAGGUCUUGGCUUUCAGAGACAUAAACCCUCAAGCCCCAACACACAUCCUAAUCAUUCCCAAAGUCAAGGAUGGAUUAACUGGCCUUUCGAAGGCAGAAGAGAGGCAUGUUGAGAUACUUGGCUAUCUCCUCUAUGUUGCCAAAGUAAUUGCGAAGCAGGAAGGACUCGAAGAUGGCUACCGUGUUGUCAUCAAUGAUGGCCCUAAAGGAUGUCAAUCUGUUUACCACAUCCACGUUCAUCUCCUUGGAGGCAGGCAGAUGAACUGGCCCGCAGGCUAAAGAAUCUCUUGCUGAUCAGUCCCCGCUGGCUAAUGAUAUGGCAAGGAUUGACGUUUCGUCUCUAUCGAAUAAUUCCUGUAAUCCCCAUAAGAUUUAGCGUGUUGAACUUUCACUGUAUUUGUGGAAUUACUGGAACCAUCCUGCUGUGAUUUAUGGGCAGGAAACUUGGAUGUUGGAAUCAUGGAUUGGCCUGCCCUUGUUGAUCAGCUCAUUGAGAUUGUCUUUGCCCUUGA